AUGCGUGGGGAAAGCCCAGGCUCCAGCCCCCUCUACCAGGCAGGCCCAGGCUCCAGCCCCCUCUACCAGGCAGGCAAGCCCAGGCUCCAGCCCCCUCUACCAGGCAGGCAGGCCCAGGCUCCAGCCCCCUCUACCAGGCAGGCAGGCCCAGGCUCCAGCCCCCUCUACCAGGCAGGCAGGCCCAGGCUCCAGCCCCCUCUAGCAGGCAGGCCCAGGCUCCAGCCCCCUCUACCAGGCAGGCAGGCCCAGGCUCCAGCCCCCUCUGGCAGGCAGGCUCAGGCUCCAGCCCCCUCUACCAGGGAGGCAGGCCCAGGCUCCAGCCCCCUCUACCAGGGAGGCAGGCCCAGGCUCCAGCCCCCUCUACCAGGGAGGCAGGCCCAGGCUCCAGCCCCCUCUACCAGGGAGGCAGGCCCAGGCUCCAGCCCCCUCUACCAGGGAGGCAGGCCCAGGCUCCAGCCCCCUCUACCAGGCAGACAGCCCCAGGCUCCAGCCCCCUCUCCCAGGCAGGCAGGCCCAGGCUCCAUGCCUCUCUCGCAGGCAGGCCCAGGCUCCAGCCCCCUCUACCAGGCAGGCAGGCCCAGGCUCCAGCCCCCUCUACCAGGCAGGCAGGCCCAGGCUCCAGCCCUCUCUCCCAGGCAAGUAGGCAGGCAAGCCCAGGCUCCAGGCCUCUCUUACAGGCAGGUAGGCCCAGGCUCCAGCCCCCUCUACCAGGGAGGCAGGCCCAUGCUCCAGCCCCCUCUACCAGGGAGGCAGGCCCAGGCUCCAGCCCCCUCUACCAUGCAGACAGCCCCAGGCUCCAGCCCCCUCUCCCAGGCAGGCAGGCCCAGGCUCCAGGCCUCUCUCCCAGGCAGGCAGGCCCAGGCUCCAGGCCUCUCUCCUAGGCAGGCAGGCCCAGGCUCCAGGCCUCUCUCCCAGGCAGGCAGGCCCAGGCUCCAGGCCUCUCUCCCAGGCAGGCAGGCCCAGGCUCCGGCCCCCUCUCCCAGGGAGGCAGGCCCAGGCUCCGGCCCCCUCUACCAGGGAGGCAGGCCCAGGCUCCGGCCCCCUCUACCAGGGAGGCAGGCCCAGGCUCCGGCCCCCUCUACCAGGGAGGCAGGCCCAGGCUCCGGCCCCCUCUACCAGGGAGGCAGGCCCAGGCUCCGGCCCCCUCUACCAGGGAGGCAGGCCCAGGCUCCGGCCCCCUCUACCAGGCAGGCAGCCCCAGGCUCCGGCCCCCUCUACCAGGCAGGCAGGCCCAGGCUCCGGCCCCCUCUCCUAGGCAGGCAGGCCCAGGCUCCGGCCCCCUCUCCUAGGCAGGCAGGCAGGCCCAGGCUCCAGCCCCCUCUACCAGGGAGUCAGGCCCAGGCUCCAGCCCCGUCUACCAGGGAGGCAGGCCCAGGCUCCAGCCCCGUCUACCAGGGAGGCAGGCCCAGGCUCCAGCCCCCUCUCCAGCAACAGAAGCGCUCUCGCAGGCAGGCAGGCCGGCCCAACAUAGGGGAGGUGUAA